GCGCUGCUGUGCGAGGGAGCUGAAAAUCUAGAAGAGUAAAACAGCCGUGCUUACUGGUACUGGAAUGGAUUGAUCAAGCUGUUAAACAUUCCUAUGACGAGAAAUUGUAUGAGGUUAAUAACUUCUUUUAACGAUCUUAACAAGUUAGCAAACCGUGCUGAAAAUGGCCAAAAGAGGAUUAUCCCGCAAAGAACUAGAAGAAAUCAAGAAGCGCGAAGAAAUUGAGGCUGCUGCUGAGGUCUUUGAGGAAUUUGUAGCAACAUUUCAAGAAGAUGCCAGCAAAGUCAGCAAAGUGUGGGUUAAAGCGGGUACCUAUGAUGCUGGUCAGCGAAAGGAAGAUGCAAAAGAUAAGGGGAAAUUGUACAAACCAACAUCAAAACUAGCGAGCUUAGCAGAAUCUUUUUCCACCAGGCCCAAACCAAAUGAUACUAAAGACACAAAAGAGUCGAAGGAUAAAAGCUUACUGAAAAAGGAAAAGAAAAAAAGCAAUCUUGAGAUGUUUAAGGAAGAGUUAAGGGUGAUCCAAGAAGAGAGGGAAGAACGACAUAGAGUAAAAGCACAUUUAAAGCCAAGUCGAUUUGAGCCUGUCAGUGCACAUUCUCCAAGCACCAGCAAAAGCUCUCUUGCCCAUGGACUGAUUUUGCCCGAAGAAAAGACAGGAUCAUUUGAUGUUGGAGAUCCUAAUACCACCAACAUUUAUUUGGGCAAUAUUAACCCUAAAAUGACUGAGCAGCAACUGAUGGAUACCUUUGGAAAAUAUGGACCUUUGGCAAGCGUUAAAAUUAUGUGGCCUCGAACUGAAGAAGAAAAAGCAAGAAAUCGUAAUUGUGGUUUCGUAGCGUUCAUGUGCCGGAAGGAUGCAGAGCGAGCGAUGAAGAAGCUAAACGGAAAAGAUAUUCUAUCGUUUGAAAUGAAACUUGGAUGGGGAAAAGCCUUGCCCAUUCCAGCUCGACCAAUUUAUAUCCCACCAGUGUUACUUGAGAAAACACUCCCGCCUCCUCCUACCGGCUUGCCGUUUAACGCAAUACCUGCUCCACAAGAUAUCGAUCAGAUCCCACCACCUGGAACACCCUAUCCAACACAUGGCGAGGCUUUGGAGAACUUCAACAAGAUUAUAUCCAGGGCUGUUGUCAAAGUGGUUAUCCCUACAGACAGAAAUUUGUUGUGUUUAAUUCAUCGAAUGAUUGAGGCUGUGGUUCGAGAAGGGCCUAUGCUUGAGGCUAUGAUGAUGAACAAAGAAAUCGACAACCAACAGUUCAGAUUUCUAUUCGAAAAUCGAAGUCCAGCUCACAUUUACUAUCGUUGGAAAUUGUUUUCCAUUUUACAAGGCGAAGCUGGCAAUAAAUGGUCAACGGAAGACUUCCGCAUGUUCAAAGGCGGGUCCAUCUGGAAACCUCCUCCCAUAAAUCCAUUUUCCGAAGGCAUGCCUGACGAGCUUUUUUCUUCCGACGAGGAAGAUGACGAGAGUCGUCGGCGGUCGCUUAGCAAAUCCCAAAAGAAACGUUUAGAAUUGAUGUUACGAAAAUUGACCCCUGAGAAGACAAAAGUAGCAGAAGCCAUGAUUUUUUGUAUUGAACAUGCUGAAGCCUACGAAGAAAUUAUCGAUUUCAUCACCGAGUCUCUUAAUAGCAUCAAAACUUCCAUUCCGAAAAGGCUGGGAAGAUUUUUUUUGGUGUCGGAUGUUCUUUACAAUUCGUCUGCUAAGGCGGUCAAUGCUUCCAAUUUCCGGUCGGGAUUCCAGUCGCACAUGGUGGAAAUAGUCAAGUAUAUGCAUCAGGCGUAUGAAGCAACUGAAAGCCGAUUAAAAGCCGAAGCUUUUCGGCAGCGUGUUAUGCUCUGUUUUCGCGCGUGGGAAGAAUGGAACGUGUAUCCUGCGGAUUUCCUUAUUCAUUUGCAAAACGUAUUCCUUGGCCUUGUCUCAGCUGAUCAAGAUGUAUCCCAACGGUCUUCGGGCCACGCUGAAGACGUUGAUGGUGUUCCAUUUGAAGAUGCGGAAGCGAUCGAUGGAGCUCCACUUAGUGAUUCAGAGGAUUUGGACGGUGUACCAUUGGACGGGGCGGCUCUUUUAAGGAGUGCAGUCAAACUUCAAACUAGUUCUCCCGCUCGCACAUUUACGGUUACAAAAUCAAGCAAAUAUGACGCGGAUUUUGAUGGAGUGCCAAUGUCAGAAGAUCUGGAUGGGAUCCCAAUGAGAAGCUCUUCUUCACCAGUGGUCAGACGAGACCGGAGGCGAGAGACUAAGUCAUCGAAGUGGGAAACACCGGCACCAGUGGUUGCCACUAGCAAGUGGGACAAUCUAGAUCCCGAGACAGAGCCAAAUGAAUCUUCUAAAAAGAAAAGCAAAUCGAAGCAUGACGAGGACAUCUUUGCGGACGUCGCCAGCACCAAACGAAAAGCAGCUGUUUCAGAUGAAGAUCUUGACGGCGCACCGCUGGAUUCCUCACCUGAGGCCACGCGACAUAGUUCUGGUUCUAGAAACGAAGACCAACGCGGGAAACUGCGAGAAUUAGAGUUGAAAGUCAUUCGUUACCAGGAUGAACUUGAAGCGGGAAUUCAUAAUCAGAUUACGGGCAUGUCGAUCUCGGAACAAGUUCAACAGUACCGUGAACAUCUUCUGCGAAAGUCCAAGCGCGAUCGUUCUCAAGAAAGAGGCGAUAGCCGUGAACAUGAAUAUAGGGAACGGCGCACGUCUCACGGUACGGAGAAAUCGGACCGUUCUGGUCGACAGGGAAUUGAAAGAGAACGUUAUAAAGAAAAAGAUAGACGACGUUCAAUAUCCAGAUCAAGGUCUCGUUCCAGAUCGCCCAGAAAGUCAUCGCGAUCAAAACGAACACGAUCAUCGAGGUCGCCAAGUCCUAGCCACUCUUUACGGAGAACCCCCCGAAGGUCGAGAUCAAAAAGCGAUGACUCGUCGAAGCGAUCUCGUCGUUCUCGGAGCCGUUCAUCCUCUCCAAGAAGGACGCCUAAAAGCCAGAAGAAAUCGAAGAAUUUCAAAUGAAACAAUUUCAAUUCUGCUGCUAUUGGUAGCAGUUUUCAAUUUCGUGCUCCCCCGGAUAUUGUUCAACUUUGCUUUCACAUUGGUAUUCAAUACAAUCUGCCUUCUAGCGGUAUCAACAACGUUGGUGGCCAGUUGUCGCAGACCCAUCCGUA